AUGCAUGCAUGCAUGCAUGCAGAAAAGUGGAAAGAAAGGCUUUUUUUUGUUUAUUGCAAACGCUGCAUGCGUUUGAUUUAUUAUUUUUGUUUAUUUGAUUUCAAAAAACGCAAAUUUCCAGUUUUAAAGCUCUAUGUUCGUCACCACCGUCUUCGUUUCCAAGUAAGGCAACAGCCCCUCCUCUCCUCCUUCUCUGCCGUAGCCGCUGCCUUUGUAGCCGCCGAAGGGAAUGCCCACGUCGCCGCUCAAGUAGGUGUUCACCCACACAGUUCCCGCGUGCAGCCUGCCAAAACACCAAACUAG